ACAACGAGCGAAAUAGCAGCCACGGCCCAGAGGAACCCUCCGAAAAUCAUGAGGACCAAACGCCAUUGCCGAAAUCCACCUCCUCCUUCCAAUCAAACUCCCAGAAGAAUCGGCGAAGAUCGAAUCAGCGCCUUGCCCGACGCUGUUCUCAUCCACAUUCUUUCGUAUCUCCCGGUGAUAGACGCAGUGAAAACUGGUGUGCUAUCAAAACGAUGGGCACGACUUUGGACUUGGACUCCCAACCUGGUCUUCGAUCAACUAGGAGAAUGGGAUGAAAAGAGCAACAAUUUUGUUCCCUUCAUCGAUGCAUUUCUUGUUCUUCACAGCUCCCCCAAGAUUCAAAAGUUGGCCCUUGAUUUGGAUUACAAAGGAAAGCGGCUGCACUUGGACAGUUCUCUGAACAAAUGGUUGCAUUUCGCUACGAGAAGAGCCGCUGAAGAGCUGAAUCUACAACUAAGUGAUUUAGGCUACUUCCAUUCUUGGGAUUUUAGGGGACCAGUUGAACGUUAUUUGUUGCCUUCCUUCAUAUACACCAACAAUUCCAUGAAGAGGCUGGAUAUGAGCUUCAUCGAUGUUCAACCUCCUGAUGCAGUCAGCUGGCCUUUCCUCCAAAGUUUGUCGAUCAGGUCUGCCUUCAUCAGUGAAAGCACCAUCCAAAAAAUUUUGUUGGGCAGCCCUCAGCUAAAUCUCCUGGAAUUGAAUAACUGCGAGGGUUUUGAUUUGCUUCACAUUGACUCUAAAAGCUUGAAAAGAUUGGUGAUCCAUGGAAUUUGGUACCCUACUUGGGGUACAGAUGUCUUACAGAUUUCAGCCCCUAACAUUCUGUCGCUGGAAAUUUCGGGGCACUUCUACAAGAGAAAGGUUCAGUUACUGGACCUAUCCUCUUUGGUUGAUGUUAUCAUCAAUCUUCAGCUAUGGGUGGAAGACAGAUACUGUUUGUUGGUAGAAUAUAGCAACAUCUUAAGAGAAAUUCUUCAAAAAAUUAGACAUGUGGAGAAACUCACCGUAGGGGCUACUAGUAUUAAGAUUCUAUCAAUGUUGAAAGAGAGAUUUUGGGCUUCUCUAGUGUCGACGCGCAAGCAUUUAAUUUUAAAUGUGGAGCCUACAGAAAGGAACAUCUCAGAUAUAGCAUGCUUCUUGCAAACUUCACCUCAAUUGGAGAGAUUACAAAUCAACAUGGCUUCCUCUCAUGGUAAUUCAAGGAAAGUGGUUGAAUCACAGAAAACCUCAUCCAGCAGCCUACAGCUGCAGUUUGAUCCAGACUCCUAUACUAUUCUUGAGAGCUGCUGGACGCCCAAGAAUAGGCUUUCCAAACAUUCGUUGGAACGCCUCAUGACUGUUGAAAUUGUUGGAUUCAAUGAAAUCCAUGAUAGGAAUGGAAUUGUGAUUGCACUCGUGAGGUCUCUCCUUAAGCAUGCAAAGGAUCAAGUGAAAGUACAAAGGCGGAGAUAACUUAGCACAGAGAUUGAAAAGCGAGACAGCUGUGAUUUCAAGUGAAACAGUUUGCCAUCGAAUUGGGCAGCAAGAAGAGCCGCUGAAGCUCUGAAUUUACAACUAAGUGAUCUAGUCUACUUCCGCUCAUGGGAUUUUAGGGGCAGCAUUUGUAGUUGCGUGUUGCCUCAGUUCGUAUAUACGACAAUUCCAUGAAGACAUUGACUAUCAGCUAUGUCGAUGUUCAGCCUUCUGGUACAGUUAGCUGGCCUUUUCCUCCGAAGUCUAUCAAUCAGGUCGGUCUGCAUUCAUCAGUGGGAGUAUACGUGCCAUCCAAAAGAUUCUGUUUGGCAGUCCCCAUUUGGAGCUCUUGGGAUUGAGUAACU